AUGGAUAAAUUUGUUAUUAUUAAAUGUAUAAAUCCAGGAUUUAUACCACCAAAAGAGAAAAAAGAGGAGCCAAAAAAAGAGGAGCCAAAAAAAGAGGAAUCUAAAAAAGAGGAAUCUAAAAAAGAGGAAUCCAAAAAAGAGGAAUCUAAAAAAGAAGAACCAAAAAAGGUUGAGAUAAAAUCAGAAACAAAAAAGAAAAGAGCAGCAAAAUCAAAAACAACCAAUAAUACUACAACUUCAUCUACUACUACCACAACCACCACAACCAAUAAUAAUGAAAGUACAAAAACAGGAUUAGCAGCAAUAAUAACACCAGUAACAGAAAUUAAAAAACAACCACAACAGACCUUAGUAAGUCAUUUCUUUUCAGCUAAUACAGGUGAUAAACCAUCAUAUAAAUUUUUAUUUGAAAAAGAAGCAGCUGAUAGAGCUGAAGAAGAAAGAAAAAGAGCAGAAAGAAUCGCAAAAGAGGAGGCGAUUUUGGCAGAAAAAAGAAAACAAAUCCAAAAAGCAAAAUUAGAAGCAAAAAAGAAAAGAGAAAUAGAAAGAAGAAAGAGAGAAGAAGAGGAAUGGGAAGAGUAUUUAGCAAUGCAAGAAAAAACAACCAAAGGUGUUGAAAUUAUACCACACCUUUAUCUAGGUUCCUUUUUGGCUGCUAAAAACUCUGAAUGGUUAUUAGAAGCAAAUGUUACCAAAAUUGUAAAUGUAACUUCCGAAGUACCAUCUUACUUUUUAAGUAAAAAAGAAAAAGAAAAUGAUAAGAUUAUAUCUGAAAAGGAUGAAAUUGAUUCUUUUAUUGUUGAUGAUGAUGAAGAUGAAAAUGAAGAUGAAGAUGAUGAAGAUAUUGAUGAUGAUGAUGAUGAUGAUGAUGAUGAUGAUGAUGAUGAAAAUGAAGAUGAAAAUGAGGAUGAAGAUGGUAAUCAGGAUGAAAAUGUUGACAUUGGUGAUGAAAAAGAUAAAGAAAUGAAAGAUUUACCAAUAACACCUUCCCCUAAUGAAAAGAAAGAAGAAAAUAUAGAAAUGAAAGAUAAUGAUGAUAAAGAUCAAGAAAUGAAAGAUUCACCAGCGGCAGCAGCAGCAACAUCUUCCACUAAUGAAAAGAAAGAAGAAGAAAAUGUAGAAAUGAAGGAUGAAUUAACAAUAAAUAAUAUACCAAUUAAAAUUGAUCAAGUUAAUGAAGAUGUUGAUAGUGAGAAAAUUAAAGAACUUUCAAUUAAAUAUUUAAGAAUUUCAAUUUCUGAUAGUUUUAGAUCAAAAAUUGAAAAUUAUUUCCAAGAAGCAAUUGAUUUCAUUAAUCAAGGUAAUGUGGAUGGUAGUGAAAAAUCAAAUGUUUUAAUUCAUUGUAAACAAGGUAGAAGUAGAUCACCAUCAAUCGUAAUUGCUUAUUUAAUGUCAAAUGAGAAAUGGACUUUAGAAAAGGCAUUCAAUCAUGUCUCUAGUGUAAGUCCAAAGAAUUUAACAGUUAAUGAUGGAUUCAAAAAGAAAUUAAUGGAUUUAGAAAUGGAAUUAUUUGGUUCAAACUCUAUUAACUUUUUUGAUAGAUCAAAUAGAACUUCAAGAGCAAAUAUUUCCUCUGCUGCAAUCACUUCAACUUUAAAUAUCACUCAAAAGAGAAUUAAAAAUCAGAAUAAAAAAAAUGAUGAUAUUAACAACAACAACAACGACGACAAUAAUAAUGAAGAUAAUAAAAAUAAAAAUGAAGAAAAUGUCGUUGAUACAGCAGAUGUAGUAUUACCAACAAAUUUAAAAGUUGAAGAUGAUGCCUCCACUAUCGAUCAAUUAAAAGUUGUAAAAAGAAGAAAAAAUAUCUCCAUAGUAGAAGAUGAUGAGUAA